AUGAGGCGUAGCCUCAAUCUACGAGUCAUUGUCGUCCGUAAACUUGGACUGCGCAUUGUUACGUGCUGUAAGGAUAUUCGCGCCCAGGAGAGCAGCAUGACGAUCACAGGAGACCACCCCAACGAGAUCCUCUACUUCGCCUUCGGCUCCAACCUGUCGACCCAGCAGAUGCUCCGUCGAUGCCCGUCGUCUACGCCCGUCGGCCUGGCCCACCUGGCUGGAUGGUCCUGGAUCAUCAACGAGCGGGGCUUCGCCAACAUCAUCCCGGACGAGCUCCUGUCCCUGUCCGAGUCCCUGACGGCCUACUCCUCCCCCGGCGGGGAGCCGCCGGCCAAGAGCUCCCGCGGCGGCGUCUACGGCCUGCUGUACCUGCUGCCGCCGGCCGACGAGGAACGGCUGGACAGGUGCGAGAACGUCCCGGUGGCGUACGGGAAGCAGCACGUCGACGUCCUCUGGGAGAGGGACGCGUCCGGGAAGCCGCUGCCCAAGCCCGAGAAGGUCAAGGCCCUGGCCUACGUCGACACCGAGAGGGUCAGGGGGAGCAGGCCAAAGGAGGAGUACGUCGCCAGGAUGCGUAGGGGCAUCGACGAGGUCGUCAAGGAUUGGGGUCUCGACGAUCCCAUCUCCGCGGCCGCCAGCUCCCGGAGAAGCCGACCUGAACGUGCCGACGAGCUGUCACCUCCAAGGCCGACCGGACAUCCCGAUCACCGAGAUGCCGCCGCGCGGGCCGCUCGCCACGAGCAGACCAUGACUUUCCGCUACGCAGUCGUCCACUACAAGCCCGCACUCCUCUGGGCCACCCUCAUGGCCUCGACGGCCGUCAUGGAAGGCUACGGGGUCGGCAUCGUGUCCACCUUCUUCAGCUUCCAGCCCUUUGCGCGCUUCUACGGCAGCUCCUCCAAGCCGGGCGGCCAGCUCACGCCGUUCAACGACGCCGACCGGGACGGCAGGCUGGACAGCGCCCUCCUCACCUCGUGGCAGACGGCCAUCGCUGCCGGCAUCGCCGCCGGCCAGGUCGUCGGUAUCCUCGCGGCGCCCACGCUCACGAGCAGGCUGGGCUACCGACGCACCGCCCUUCUGGGCCUCUCCACGGCUGCCCUCGUCCUCUUGAUCCCCUCUGCCUCCAGCUUCGUCGGCGCCCCGCCCGACAGCACGGACCUCCGCGUCGGCCUCUUCCUCGCCGGGGAGGUGCUCCUGGGCAUCCCCUGGGGCCUCUUCCAGGGCAUCUCCGUCCCCUACAUCUCCGACGUCACACCGCUCAAGGUGCGCGGCCCUGCCACGACCCUGGUCAGCGCCUUCAGCACCUCUGGACAGCUCCUCGGCGCCGUCGUGCUGCGCUCGACCGAGGAGCUCGGUCUUGGCCCCGAGCAGCUGACCAGCUCGGGCCUGAGACGCGACACCUGGGCCUUCAGGAUACCCAUGCUGCUGCAGUACGCCUGGGUCCUCCCCCUGCUCGCACUCUUCCUCAUGCUCCCCGAGAGCCCCCUCAGCCUUCUCCAGCACGGCCGGCCCCGCGAGGCGUCUGCGUCGAUCCGCCGGCUCAGCAGCGACCCGCGCCUGGAUGCCGAGGCCACCCUCGAUGCCCUCAGACUCGCCGGCAGGCUCGCCGGCGGGGGUGGCGGCGGCGGAUCGCGAGACACGGGGUUCCUGGCCUGCUUCAAGCAUGGGAACCUGCGCCGGACGGAAAUCACCGUCAUGGUAUACCUCACGCAGCAAUCCGUCGGCCUCCCGCUGCUCUACUACGCGUCCAAGGUGUUGCAGAACGCCGGCGUCACCGAGGGUAACUCGAUCCUCGUCAACCUGGGCAUGCACUUCAUGUGCGUCCUCGCAACAUUCGCAUCCAUCCCCGUCCUACGUCUCUACCGGAGACGGACUGCCUGGAUCGGCGGCCUGUCGGGCACGAUUGCGUGCCUCGUCGCCAUCGGGGUUUCCGGAUUCUACGCCAACUCGCGCCUCGGCGCCGUCAUGGGCUGGGUCAUUGCCGCCUUCAUCGUCGGCCUCGCCGUCGUCUUCAACCUGACCAUCGGCCCCAUGGGCUACGCCAUCGCAUCCGAGGUGCCGACCACGCGCCUCAAGGGGCCGACCAACUCGAUGGCCCGCGCCGCCCUGCUGGUCCUCGUCAUGGGUCUCGAGGCCAGGGCCGCGCUCGUGUGGGUCGUGACGGCCGUCGUGGCCCUUGCCUGGGCUUACAUCAGGCUUCCAGAGACCAAGGAUCGUACCCCUGCCGAGGUUGACACCAUGUUUGAGACGCGGGUGCCGGCACGCAAGUGGUCCACGACGAGGCUGUGA